CCGCUGCCGUACUUCCGGGGCGACUUUGUGGGGCUGGGUCCAAAUUACUGUGAGUCAAGGGCUGCGAUUACUUCGUCUUUUACAAUCUUUGGAGGAGUAGCUGCUGUGCCACCUAAACCAAAGAAAUUGAAAGCACCGGGAAGUAGCAGUCACCGCCAUGCCAAAGAAUAAAGGUAAAGGAGGUAAAAACAGACGUAGGGGCAAGAAUGAAAAUGAAUCUGAAAAAAGAGAAUUGGUGUUUAAAGAGGAUGGACAAGAGUAUGCUCAGGUAAUUAAAAUGCUGGGAAAUGGACGAUUAGAAGCGAUGUGUUUUGAUGGUGUAAAGAGAUUAUGUCAUAUCAGGGGGAAAUUGAGAAAAAAGGUUUGGAUAAAUACCUCAGACAUUAUAUUGGUUGGUCUUCGAGACUAUCAGGAUAACAAAGCUGAUGUAAUUUUAAAGUACAAUGCUGAUGAAGCUAGAAGUCUGAAGGCAUAUGGCGAGCUUCCAGAACAUGCUAAAAUCAAUGAUACAGAUACAUUUGGUCCUGGAGAUGAUGAUGAAAUCCAGUUUGAUGAUAUUGGAGAUGAUGAUGAAGACAUUGAUGAUAUCUGAAUUGAACUCAGAGUUUGUGAAGAUUAUUCUACAGUUUUGAUUUUGGCCAGCACCUGUUAAGAAGACUAAAACUUCAUUUAGUAUGAAUUUAGUUUGUUAAGACAUACUGAUUUAUUUUCAUUGUUUUCAAGUAUUAUAUUUCUCUAAAAACUGAUGAAACUGAAUUACUUCAAGUGAAAAUUUAAUACUUUAUUCAUUCAUUGUAAUUGAAUUUAGAAAUAAAAGACUACAAUUAUAACUCACUGCUGUCAAACAACAGAAACAAGUUAUUCCCACAUGACUACUUUAUUCUAGUUAAUAGGUGUUUUGAAUAAAUUGCCUUAUCAUUUUUGAUAAAGCCUUGUUUUGAUAAAGCCUUGUUCCAGCUAGUCUGUGUACAGUCUUCUCUAUAUUCUAGUUAUCUAUAUGUUUUCUAAGAUUUUUGACAUUAUUUAAGAAAGGUAGAAGUCAAGAAAUGGAGCUAUAUUCGUAUUUAUGUACCCAUAUGUAUUUUUAUACUAAGUUUGAUAAAAACAUUCUUCUCAUUUUAUGUUGCCACCAUCAUUUUAAAAAAAAAAAAAAAAAAAAGCUUUUCCAAAAUGCAGUUUUUAGAACAUGGGCUUGAAAAACAGUUUUCAAUUUGUUAGAUUAUUAGUUGCAAAAAUUCAGUGUUAGGUGACCUAAUUAUUUUUACAUUGGAGGUAUUGACAUGUUAGUUGAUAGUAUUUUUACCUAAUGUGUAUAGAAAAUUUCUCAAGAAAAACUUUAGAUGGUAAAAUAAGUACAGCAUUUUUUUUAUUUUACAGAGUAGGUUGUGUUAAAUGUGUCACUUAUUGUCAAAAGUCAUAUGCAUUGUGACCCAUAUUUUUGGGCUUUAUGAACAAUUAAAUUACAAUAUAUAAACGAAAAACUAAUUUUAUAGUAAGUUCUGUUAAACUAAGCCCUUCUUAAAGCCUUAUCUGGGUUUUAUCAAAGGGAAAGAAAGGAACCACUACUAAAAAAUAUAAUAAAAUGUGUUGUUGAGUACACUUUGUCCUUACUUUGUGUUAUUGAUGUAUUUUAUUGUAUGUACCAACUUUCAUAUAUAUUUUACUAGGAAUUUAGAUUAUAACCUUACUGUUUGACAUUUUUAUUUCAAAAUUAUCAAUUCAUAAGGUAAAAUUAAGGAUGAGGCUAAACACUACCUACAGUUAAACUUUAACACAACUUCAGUGGAAAAGAUUCAAGUAGUUUGUAAAGCAUAGCUCUCUUAGUUUUUCAGCAGUGAGACUUAAUGUAAAAAAAAAAAAAAAAUACACUUUCACCUGGUUACAAAAUGGUAAAUAUAAGAAAUAUAAAGGAGGUUUCACAUGGUUUUAUCUCUCUUUACCAUAAUUUUACUUCCUAAGUGUGACAUCCUGAGCCAAUUCCAAUGCCAGAAUACACACAUAAUUAAAUCUAAAAAUAAGAAAUGAAAAUGCAUAAAAGUAGUUCAUGGUUUUUAUUCUUUGAAGUUCCUGAACAUUUAUGUAGGAGAAAUGUAUCUGAGACUGAGGACUAAUUUAGAAUACUUCUAAGAAACUAGCUCUGAAGAAUUUAUAUAGGGAUUGUCCUCAAGGGUGAUCAAAACUUGCCAAAACAUGUAACUUUUUGUAAAUAAAAGUAUAUUGAAUUUACAUAUCAUCCAACAUUUUGCCAAGGAUGUCAGAACCUCUCUGUAUGACACAGUUCAUGUUAGGUAGAGAGCCACUCAAAACAUCUUUUUUCCUACAUACUUCCUCUAACAAAUACAGUUUAUCUAAAGAAUUUCUUUAAGUUCAAUUACCGUGCCAAUUUGUGUUUGCUAAUUGUUAAUGGUCCAAUUGUGCCCUCCCAAAAAAUUCCCUAACCUCGAAUAAUGAUAUUUGUAUUAGAGAAGUGGCCUUUAGGAAGUUUUAGG